GCCCUCCUUUUUCUCCCUCUUUCCCUCUGUCCUCAUCCUCAGCUCCUCAUCCUUCCCUGUGUCCCAUCUCUCCUCCUCCACUUCCUCUCCUCCCACCCCCAUCUCACCCGCUGGGCCUUUCUGGAGCCUCUCCUUCCUGUUCUCUGCCUCCAGCGCUCCUUACCCUCACCUCAAGACGCAAUGGCCACCAUCCCAGACUGGAAGCUACAGCUGCUAGCUCGGCGCCGGCAAGAGGAGGCAUCGGUUCGUGGCCGGGAAAAGGCAGAGAGGGAGCGCCUGUCCCAGAUGCCAGCCUGGAAGCGGGGACUCCUGGAGCGCCGCCGGGCCAAGCUUGGGCUGUCUCCUGGUGAGCCUAGCCCUGUGCCUGGGACUGCAGAGGCUGGACCUCCAGACCCAGAUGAGUCUGCUGUCCUUUUGGAAGCCAUUGGGCCAGUGCAUCAAAACCGAUUCAUCCGGCAGGAGCGGCAGGAGCGGCAGCAGCAACAGCAGCAGCAACAACAACGGAGUGAAGAACUACUUGCCGUGGAGAGAAAGCCUGGGCCUCUGGAGGCCAGAGAGCGUAGACCCGGCCCUGGGGUGAUGCGGGAUCAGAGCCCCAAGGGAAGAGAAUCAAGAGAAGAGAGGCUAAGUCCCACCUACACCAGAGACAGGAGACUGGGGAUUGGGGAAGCCCAAGAGUUGAGCCCCAGGCCUUUGGAGGCUUGGGACAGGAGGCAAAGCCCAGGAGAGGCAGGAAACAGGAGUGCCCGACUGUCAGAGACAUGGAAAUCGAGGCUGAGCCCUGGAGAAACUCCAGAGCAGAGUUCGAGACUGGCAGAUUCUCUAGAACAAAGCCCUAGGAGAAAAGAGAUGGGGGAAAGUAGACUGAGCCCAGGGGAAUCUAGCAACCAGAAGUCAGGCCUAACAGAGGCCCAUAAAUGGAAGCCUGACUCUAGAGAGUCUCAGGAACAGAGUUUGGUACAACUGGAAGAAACAGAGUGGAGGCUGAGCUCAGGAGAAGAAAGAAAAGACCACUCAGAGAAAUGUAGGAGAAAAGAAGAGAAGCCUAUUUCAGGGAUGGCCCCAGAACAGAUUACAGGGCUGUCAGAAACUCUGACAAGGAAGGCUGAAGACAACAGCUCUAAAAGAGUGGAGAGGGCAGAACAGAUGCCCAGCCCUGUGGAAGAUGGUGAGAGGGACAUGAAGCCAAUGGAAGGGUGGAAAUGGACCCUGAACUCUGGGAAGGCUAGAGAAUGGACACCCAGGGACACAGAGAUUCAAACUCAAAAGCCAGAACCUCCAGAGUCAGCUGAGAAGCGUCUGGGGCCUCCUGGUAUAGAGGCUAGAGAAGGGGAGGCUGAGAAGGAGGAGGCGGGGGCUCAGGGCAGGCCUCUGAGAAACCUGCUGAACCGCUGCUCUCUGCCCUCCCCCGUCCCACCAGAGGACUCUGGGACCGGAGGCCUGAGACAGCAGGAAGAGGAAGCAGUGGAACUCCAGCCCCCACCACCAGCCCCCCUGUCUCCUCCACCCCCAGUCGCCCCCCAACCCCCUGGGGAUCCCCUCAUGAGCCGACUGUUCUAUGGGGUGAAGGCAGGGCCAGGGGUUGGAGCCCCCCGCCGUAGUGGACACACUUUCACAGUCAACCCCCGGCGGUCUGUGCCCCCUGCAACCCCAGCCACCCCAGCCACAACUGAUGCUGCAGUCUCUGGGGCUGGGAAGAAGCGGUACCCGACUGCUGAGGAGAUCUUGGUUCUAGGGGGCUACCUUCGUCUCAGCCGCAGCUGCCUUGUCAAGGGGUCCCCCGAAAGACAUCACAAACAGCUCAAGAUCUCCUUCAACGAGACAGCCCUGGAGACCACGUACCAAUACCCCUCUGAGAGUUCUGUGCUGGAGGAGCUGGGCCCGGAGCCCGAGGUCCCCAGUACAUGCCACCCCCCAGCGGCCCAACCCGACGACGAAGAGGAUGAAGAGGAGCUGCUGCUGCUGCAGCGAGAGCUCCAGGGCGGGCUGCGCACCAAGGCCCUGAUCGUGGAUGAGUCCUGCCGGCGGUGACCUUCUUCCAACAUGGGUACAUACCUCUCUUCUUCCUAGAACUGAAGAUCUUGGAGCCCAGAAAAUUUGGAGAAGAUAGAUCCUGAGCCUGGCAGGGAAGGGCAACCAACAUCUUCCAACUUGCUUUCCCCAUCCUGUUCCUGGGGGCAAAGCUAUUUGCUCAAUUUCCAUCCUAAACUGAGGUCACUGGUGUGGGUGGGGUUAAACAUGCUGGUGCAUCCUAAGUGGCUCAAGAGUGAGCAGCAAACCCUUGGGCGGAGCACAGAACUCUUUGAGAGUGGAGAUAGACACCUCCCAUCUCCUUGGCAAGGUACACUUUCCUUUUAACCUUCCUUGACUCCCCACUGUCCUGUGGAGACUCUCCAGUUACAAGCACUCAUCUCCCUGGGAGGCCAAGAUCCGCUUCCAUUUACAAGCACUCCCUCCUGUUCUCUAGGUUAUUGCCCCCUUUGUUUACAGCUCCUGCCUCCUCUCUCGGCCAUAGCCUUGUUUACAAAUCCACCAGCUCCCAGCCCCACCCGCCAAGUCCCAGGUUUACAAGCCACACUUACUUGCUAUGAUGCGUGGAAUCCUCUCCUCUGUCCCCUCCAGAACUGGGAGGGUGGCUUCCUCCACUUUUGCUCAGUAUUACUUUGCCUCAGUUUUCCCCAAGAGGGAAGGCUAAGAAUCGUAACUCUGUACCCUAUGAUAGUUAUUUAAUUCUGGUCCUCCUAGUGGUUCACAAUUGAAUUGGAGUGGUAUGGGGUGACUAAGAAGGCACCUAACUCUCCUCCCCCAUUAUGCCUUCUUUAUCAAUUUCCUGUUUGUUUUGUUUGUUUUUUAACUCUCCAUAAUAAAAUGGAGCUCUACCCAC